UCCUCUUUCAUAAUGUAUUAAUCAACUAAACACAUAAUAAUCAAAAUAAACAAGAACUUUUCUGAAUUGUCUGAAUUUACGCUCAUUUGUUGUUUCCUAACCUGUAAACAAACUCUUUCUCCCGGAAGCUCAAAAGUCCGAUUGUUGCCAGGACACUGAACGCAGCGCGAGCAUUUACGCGGGUCGGUCUCCAUGGUAACCAGCUAACGUCCAGGCGGCUGUGAGGAGUAAAGUUUUAGUUUUUCUGACAUUAUCCCUGGAAAAGUGGAUUUAUUUCACAGGUAAGAUCAUUAUUAACGGGCUGACCGACUUUCUUUGUUUUAAUUCUUCAUGUAAAGUUUGUAAAAAUCAUAAUUUUUAAGAUAAAAACACCGUUUGGUCUUUACGAGGACCCUCGAAAAUGAACUGUUACUAAAACAAACUAGUUUAAUGUUAAAGUAUUUUUAGCUUAAGACCAUUAACAGCACAAUUUAACUUGCAUUAAACAUAAUACCUGACAAAAAUAAACAACACAACAAAUAAUGAAUAAAUCUGUUUAAAGCUCCUGUGAGGAUUUUUUCAUGUAGAUAAAAAUAGACUGACAUUUAUAUUUACGCCUUUUUAUGGAAAACAAGACUAUUAGUGACAAGAUUAAUGAAAUUAUUAUUAUGAUUUUUAAUGCAGGAAACCUUUGUGAGGGGUCGGAGUUAGCCGAGCAGAUGAAACAGACUGUUUUUAUUAUUUUAAUCACUUAAUCAAUCAGAUUUUAUUUAUAUAACAUAUUUUAUAAAAGGAAAUGUGGCACAAAGUUUUUAACAUAAUCAAUAAAUCAUUAAAAUCAUCUUUAAUUCAGACAUUUUUAAUCAUUUGACAAUAUAAAUUGGCUAAGACAAAGAAGUUGCAGCAUGGCAACAGAGGACGAGGCUUCCAAAGUGCUGGAUUUUGAAAUGUGUUAAAGAGACAGAAGCUGAAAUCUGUUUUUGUUUUAUUAAUUUUUUUGUAGAAACUAAAAUCUUGUAAAGAAAAUUAUGAGCGAUCAGAAAGUCGAUAUAAAGUCUGAAAAUGAGUCGAUCGAUUAAACAGACGGUAAACUGAGAUCGUGUUUUCUUAUCGCUGAAUUUCUCCUGAAUCAUAACAUCACAGAAACAUUUAUCUAAACUCUUCUUUCUCCAUUUUUAUCGCAGACAUUGUCUCCUCCUUCGUUUUGUCGUUUUGUGUUUUGAGUCAUGUCCAUCAGGAAGGAGGAUCUCAGGAGCGACGUUCACAGACUCCUCCUGACGGCUGAAGUUGGUCAGAAGGACGAUCUCCUGACCUACUCCUCAGGUCACCUGGGGCCCCACAGCCUGAACCAGAACCCGCCUCACAGGGAGGUGGAGAAGUCUUUCUGGAGGAGGUCUCAAGGAAAUGAAGGCGCUCCAAACUCUCUGCAGACCGACGUUCACAGAGAAGAAAUGAAAGGAGGUCCUCUGAAGUCGAACACCGGAGAAACUUUAGGAGAGUCUGAGGUCAGAAGGUCAAAGAAAGAUCAAGACAAACCAGAUGAAGAUCUAAACCGACCUGAGACUGUUGUCUCCUCUCCAAACUCUUCACAUGUGCAGCAGGAAACGUUCAGAUCUUCUCCUGAUCCAGAGAAGAAACUGAAGGACUUGAGCUUCUCCGACACAGAGGGCCUGAAAACUGAGGGUCACUUUAAGACGAAGCAGGUUAGCAGGUUAGAAACAGACGAGCAGGAGCUCUGGGCUGGAGGAAAUAUCGCUGAGAAGCACGAGAGGAAACUUCAGAAGGUGAGAAGAUCUCCACGCCGAGCUGACGGGUUUUAGAAACGCUCCAGAUUCUCCGAUCAGCUCCUCAGAAAUGUUCGAGUAAAAACCUGCUCAGACCUUCACUAACAUCUCCACUCACUAACCUUCAGUGUGUGUGUGUGUGUGUGUGUGUGUCCGUCGUACCCAGGAGCUGCAGAAGCUGUCAGAGCACAGCCGGCCCAGCAGAGACCGCCUCGCAGCGUUCAGUGACGUCUUUGAUGAUGUGUGUGAAAGCUCGCCAGUAUUUGGACGCAUCCUGAGGGAAAUUAAGGUUUUUCCAUUUCCUCUGUACCCACUCGCACAUUUUUAGCAUGUGCUUUCAGACGUAUUAGAGCUCGGAGAGGGAGGGCGGGUCCCCGGUGUAACGGGCGGAAGUAGAGCAGCGACUGGAGCCUGGUCGUGAUCACCGGAGGGGAGGGGGGUCGGGGUCAUUGGAGGGCGACGGCGAGAUUGAGGCUCAUUCAUAAAACACGUCACAGGGUCAUGAAACUCUCUUUAGUUUUAGAGACACUCAGUUCGUAAAUGAAAGCGCUCAGUGAGAUAAAAGUGAGAUUUAAAAGGUCAAACUGGAGAAACUUUGAAGAUCUGAGAGGUUAAAGUUCAGAGAUGAAAACCUGAAAACACCGAAACUCAUCAGGAGACAGAAAACUUUAACUGAAGCUGCAGAGUGAUGAUGAUGAUGAUGAUGAUGAUGAUGAUGAUGAUGAUGAUGAUGAAGAUCAGGUUCACUGAAGUCCAGUUUUAAUAUCUGUGUUUCUUUUUUAACCUGAAGCCUCUCCUCUCUUCUUCUCUUUCAGACUGAUUAUGAUUUGUACGUCGAUCACCUGAUGGCUUCUCAACCCCAACACUCGGUAAACUGACCUCAUGAAGGACUCUUAAAUCUGAUAUCAUGACUGUAAAAUACAACAAAACUGCACUUACAGUUCAGUCUCCGUUUAAAGACUCUCUACAGUGACUUAUUAUUAUUAUUGUUAUUGUUAUUAUUAUUAUUUUGAUUAUUAUUUUUAUUAUUAUUCCAACUAAAAAGUAAGAAAACGCUCCAAAAACGGGAAUACUGAGCCGGAUUUUCUCAAACACAGCUGAACCAGGUCCCAGAGUCUGCAGGUAGAUUCUGUUAAAUGGAGCUUAUUUUUUAAGAAUUUCAUCCUUUCAAAAUAAAAGUUUAGGUUCAAAGGUUUUAAAGGUUAACCUGGACUGUGGCGACCACCAACCUGCAGGUUUGCGUCCACAUGUUUCACUGCUCAGCCCUCCAGGGAAGAGAACAUUUAUGGGGGUCAGUCUGGUCCAGUUCUCUGAGAACCGAGAUUUAUCCAAUCCAAUCCAGGUUUAUUUAUGAAGCACAUUUAAAAACAACGAAACACUGACCAAAGUUCUGUACAGUAAAAUUAAAAAACAAUAAAAAACAGAUAAUUAACAUGGACAACAAAAGUCACAGGAACACAUUAAAAACAGGAGGACUUCGAUGAUUCAGUAAAAACAGGAUUAAAUUAAUUUUGAGGCCGUCAUGUUUUUUCUGCUGUUAAAAUCUUUAUUGAGCAGAAGUUCUCUGAGGUCUCUCUGCGUUACCUGACCGCUGACUGACACUCUUCUUUUUUAAAAUGUGGAGAACGUUCGCUGAGUGUGUGAUCAACACGCCGUAACAUCUCUGCUGAAGUGUUCUUGGUUCUGCAGAACAGACGGCGAACUGUGGACCGUUGGACCGUCCUCAGAGCGUUCGGUCUGCUAACAGGUCGCCCGUCUCCAGUGUGUCACUCUCGGCUCUUUCUCCCCACUUCCUGCUCCAUCCGUGUUCCUGCACAUGAAACCUGAAAACGUCUCUCCCGCUCACCUCUCUCUCUUUUGCAUUCAUGGGUUUCGUUUAUCGUCACAGUCGUUAAAAGUUUCACCUGAAGACGUCUGCAGAGCUAAACUCAGAGAGAUGCAGCUGGAAGAGGCUGGGAAAGAAGUCCACGACCUGGAGCAGGAGGUCAGAGGAGCCCUAGAGGAGAAUCAACGGUACUGCAGGGACUUCUGUGGAGCUCAAACUGACCUACAGUAGAUUCAUUUUAGCUGCCGAGAGUUUCAAACAUGUUUUUUUUUCCUCAGGGCGAGAAAUGAUUCACACAAACUUACAGCCAACGUAGACCUGGAGGAACGUGAGCGGACAGGUGAGUGUUUAGAUCAGCUGGAGUUUCAGAUUCAUGGUCAACUCCAUCAAAACUGUGUGUGUGUGUGUGUGUGUGUGUGUGUGUGUGUGUGUGUUCCGUCUCUGUCAGAGCUCAGGACAGACGUCAGCGUCCAAUCAAAGCGGCUCCAGCUGUUCGACGUUUGGAGGGAGAUCCAACUCCUGGAGGAGGAGAUGGAGGAGAAGCUCGUUCCCGAGGCGACGAUCGCUGCUGCUGACGGACAAACCAGAGACGUAAAGGUGCAAAAACACAAAGUUCAUGAUCUGAAGUUCAGAGAUAAAAGUGAAGCAGGUCAGAUUAUCGCUGACAGAGUUCAGGUCUGCAGGUUUUUAAAACUUUUCUUUCCUGUUUUCUCAGAGGGAGAUAAUGAGACUGAUAACCACGAAUCACCGCCUGGAAACCGCCAACAAGGCAGAGGAGUUUGACCUUCUUCCCCUGAACAUAAAUAUGAGUGAUUUUUAAUGUUGGUCCUGCUGCGGUGUGAUAGACGCUCACUGUUCCCACUCUGUGUUUACCCUGAAGGAUCUGACAAACGGCAUCAACGCCGUCCUGGACAGAGAGAAAGUCAGCAGAGCCACAAGACGGUGAGGACAUAUUUCACUGAAGAGACACGCUGUUCUUCAGUGACCUUUGACCCCUCCUAUCUGUCGACGCUUUCUCUGUUUGUAUCUGCAGGAUCCUGUGGGAGGAAGUACAGUCUGAUCCGCUAACAGAGUGAACACCUCCGCCUCCUCUCUGGAUAGACGUUGUACUGUAAAUAAACACAAGAACACGUGUCCAAUCAGGUCAACCGCCGAUCACAACGCCACAGCCCUGCGCCGAACUGAACAUCAGGAAUAAAACUCACCUGAGGUUCAACCUGCAGCUGAGAUCAGCAAGAAAAAACCCUGAAAACUCAGUCAGAGUCCUGCAGAUGGUUAAAGUUGGAAAACGCCACUCUAUAGCCAGAAGGGCAGGAGUUUUAGAAGUCCACCCUGAAAUCUCUGUCCCAGCUCCUCCUGUCGGACCUCAAGGCGUUCCUGAACCGGGCGGAUUCUGGGCUCCAGUCUCAGGGCUGCUGAUGCGGAGAAAUCAUCAAUUUAGAAAUCAAAUGUUUUUAUCAGUUUCUCAUUAAUUUUGCAGCAAUACCGUUAUUACAAUGAUUU